UCCCCCUCUCUCUCUGUCUCUCUCAUAGUCUCGCAUAUCAUGAUCUUCAGCCAGUGUGAUAAUUAGCAACAGCCCCCACAUUUCCUUUGGGCUUUCCCAAUUCCUUCUCUGCCUUGUUGACCCAGGAAAAGAGGAAGUAAUGGGGGAGGCGGAGGCGGAACGGAGUCCGGUGGAGAUGCCGGCGACGGAGGAUGAGAUGGUGAAGAAGGAGGAGGCAGUGGCUAUGGAUGAUGAGUUACAGAAGCGGCCCAUUCACGUCCUUGUAGUUGAUGACUGCUCUCUUGACCGCAGAAUUGUUGGCAAGCUCCUUCAAAAAGCAUCCUUCAAAGUGACCAGUGUUGAAAGCGGGAAGAAGGCUAUGGAGGUUCUUGGGUUGGAUAUUGUUGAUGUUCAUCAAACAACAACAGCUACUGCUAAUGCUGACUCAGUGGUGGAUGAUUGCAGCUCUACUCUUAACAAUGAUGAUUUUCUGCUUUGUCAGGAUGAUAAGAUUGAUUUGAUUCUCACAGACUAUUGCAUGCCUGAGAUGAAUGGCUAUGAUCUUCUAGUGGCAGUCAAGAAGCACAGUGAAAGGCAGGCUACUCCUCCUAUUGUGAUAUUGUCAUCCGAGUAUAAUCCACAGAGAAUCAGCAGUUGUCUUGAGAGUGGCGCAGAAGAAUUUCUACAGAAGCCUCUGAAGCCAAAAGACAUGGAAAAGUUCCGAACUUACGUUGCAUCAGCAGCAGCCACAUUAACAAGGUCGGGCACAAAGAGGAAAGCCGUAAUGGAGUUGACAUCAGAGAACAAUUCCAAUGAAAGGCUGCCUCGAAUGGCUGGAGUGACUGUUGCUUAACAAGAUUUUCCUCAAAACCCCUUUAUUGAGCAUCUGUCUCUCCUUAGAAGCAAAAGAGGUGACUAACUAUGCUGCAUACGGAGGACAGAAGCUUUGCUUCUGCAAACAUUUAGUUUAG